UCUCUGACAGACUCUCGCGCUCUGCUUAGAAGCGCGUUCUAACUUCGGGUCGCCUUAGCAACCGUUUUUCAUGGAUAACGGACUGCUGAGCUCCGUCUGUUCCUGAGAGAAAACAAACAAAAGAAACAAACAAACAAACAGAAGCGGUUUGUUUCAGUCCGAGUUGGACAUUUCACCUCACACACCUGCCGAAAGUAGUUUUGUGUCGGUGUCCAAAACGCUCGCAGUGUUUGUAGCCUAACUGAGGCUGUUGGUAUUUGUUUUCAGGUUUUGUCUGAAAACACGAUGGGCUGUCAUAUAAAAUUGAUCCUGGCCGCAGUGCUGUUGGCUGAAGCAGUGAGGUGUGAGUUUGUAGAGUCAGAAGAGACCGUACCUGUGAAACUCACGCCGAGACACAGCGGCUUGUGGAGGAGCGAGUUUGUGGACAGGCACCUCUUUAAACUCGCUGCGUUUGGUCAGGUUUUCACUCUAGACCUGAGACCGGACAGCAGUUUCGUGGCUCCAACGUUACACAUCCAGCGUAUCAAAGCCAAGCAUCUCCCCACCGUUGUGAACGGCUCUGAACAGACCGACAGCGUCGUGUCCGAGAGCGGAGAGGAGCUGAGAGGCUGCUUCUACUCGGGCACGGUGAACGGGGACCUGGACUCUGUGGUCGCUGUCAGCCUCUGUCGUGGCAUCCGGGGAACCUUCGUCACGCGCGGGGACGAGUACUUCAUCCAACCGGCCGUAAACGACGGAACUUUCUCUCAGCUCCACGUCGUCAACAGACGAGUGGUCGCCUCAAGCCGAGAGACGUGGAGAGAGCUUGAUCAAGUGCAAGACGACGGCCACUUUCUGACAGGGGAGGAAGAUGACAGGAAAAGGCGGGAAAAAAGAUUCGUGUCGUCCGCGAGGUACAUCGAGACGCUGGUGGUGGCAGACUAUUCGAUGACUCGUUUCUAUGGAGACGAGAUAAAGCACUACCUCCUAACCCUGAUGGGGAUAGCUGCACAACUCUAUGCCCAUCCCAGCCUGAAGAAUGCAGUGAGCCUUGUGGUGGUCAAGAUCUUGGUGAUAGAGGAUGAGGAGCUGGGGCCUGAGCUGUCCAGCAAUGGAGGCAUGGCCCUGCGCAACUUCUGCGCCUGGCAGCAACUCUUCAACCCUUCAAGUCAGCGCCAUCCCGAGCAUUACGAUACUGCCAUUUUAUUCACCAGAGAGGAUAUUUGUGGACAUGAGCAUUGUGAUACCCUUGGUGUAGCUGAUGUGGGCACCAUGUGUGACCCCAAAAGAAGCUGUUCAGUCAUUGAGGACAACGGCCUUCAAGCAGCCUUUACGGUGUCACAUGAGCUUGGCCAUGUACUCAGCAUGCCACAUGAUGACUCCAGGAACUGUGAGAAAUUGUUUGGGCACAUUGAUGGACACCACAUGAUGGCCCCCCUCUUUGUCCAUCUCAACAAAACCUUUCCCUGGUCACCAUGCAGUGCUCUUUACGUUACUGAGUUCUUCGACAAUGGGCAUGGUGACUGUUUGCUGGACGCUCCAGAACAGACUAUCCCAUUACAGGCUGAGCCUCCGGGCCAUACAUAUGGUCUAGACCGGCAGUGCCAGCAGUCGUUCGGUGAGGAGUACACUCGCUGCCCCAACGCCCCAGAGGACCAGGCCUGUAUCCAGCUGUGGUGCCGUGAGGAAGGCAAGCUGCAAUGCACAACCCGAAACGGAAGCCUUCCUUGGGCUGAUGGCACGCCCUGCGGGGAAGACAAGAGUUGCCGUGGAGGCAUGUGUGUGUCGAACGCACUGCAGGAGGCAGAACAAGAGGAGCUCCCAGUGGAUGGUGAGUGGGGCGCUUGGGGCCCAUGGGGCCCAUGUUCUCGAACCUGUGGUGGUGGGGUUGAGUUCUCCCGCCGCGAGUGUACAGACCCAGUGCCGCAAAACGGAGGAUCCUACUGCGUAGGCCAGAGGGUCAAAUACCAGUCCUGCAACAUCCAGACCUGCCCAGGAGACUAUGGUAAGAGCUUUAGAGAAGAGCAAUGUGAGAAAUACAGCAGUGACCGUUAUUUGGACAUGGACGGGAACAUAAAGCAGUGGAUCCCGAAGUAUGCUGGAGUUUCUCCCAGGGACAGAUGCAAGCUCUUUUGCAGAGCCAAGCACAGCAACGAAUUUAAAGUUUUUGAAUCCAAGGUUGUGGAUGGUACAACCUGUGGUCCAGAUACCACAUCUAUCUGUGUCCAGGGUCAGUGCAUCAAGGCUGGCUGCGACCAGGUCAUAGGCUCCAACCUAAGACUGGACAAGUGUGGUGUCUGUGGAGGAGAUGGGACAAGCUGCAGAAAAAUAAGUGGCUCUCUGAACAAAGCCACCUUUGGCUACAAUGACAUUGUUACUAUCCCUGCUGGGGCCACCAACAUUGAUGUCAAGCAGCGCAGCCACCAUGGAAUCAAGCACGAUGGCAACUACCUAGCGGUGAAGACUGAAGAUGGAACCUAUAUUCUGAAUGGGAACUUCUCAGUGUCUACAGCUGAACAGGACAUUCCAGUGCCUGGUGCCGUCCUUCGGUACAGCGGCUCGUCCACAACCCUGGAGCGGCUUCUCAGCUUCCAGGAGCUCAGGCAGGCCAUCACCAUCCAGCUCCUUUCCACAGCCGGGGACACGUCACCACCCAGGGUCAAAUACAGCUUCUUUCUGCCCAGGGAUGUGCCCUUCAGCAAACCUGGCACAGAGAGUGGCCUCUCCCCACACAUUAUCCUACCUUUUGGGGGAGCUGACUGGGUCCUGGGUGAGUGGUCCGAGUGUUCCAAGAGCUGUGGUGCUGGCUGGUCUAGGAGAAGUGUCGAGUGUCAGGACAAGGCAGGAUCCCCAUCCUACUUCUGCGAUGCAGACCUGCGGCCAACUGACAUCCGACCAUGUGGGGACCUGCCCUGCCCUGUGUGGCAGAUGGGGCCAUGGUCAGCCUGCUCGCGGACUUGUGGUCCUGGAGAGCGUCGGCGAAGCGUGCUCUGCAUAGACUACACCGGCAAGGCUGUGGAACCAGAGAAGUGUAACCCAGAUAAGAGACCGGAGGCUGUUUCGGGGGAAUGUUUUUACCAGGACUGCUAAAACUAAUAAUGUUCCUUGGGUCAGAGAAACGGGGGAGGAGGUGAUUGCAGAAGUGUGAUCCAUAGGGUAGGUAGAGGAUGAGAGAGCUAUUAGUAUCCUUCCCUUUUGAAUAGCAAACUGACCAUGCUUCAAAGGUAAGCAAGGAAACUCUAAUAUACAACAUGGGUGCAGAAAUCAGUUGUCAAGCUUAACCAGGGCAUUUGGUAUGAGGUUUUACCUAUGUGACAGAUUAACGUGUUGUUCAUAUUCUCGAAUUUUGCUUUUAAAUCAUCUAACCACUAUUGAAGUUUUUUUUUCUUUCCCAAUUGAGAACUACCUCAGUCCAUAAAAAUCUUUUAAUACUUUUUAACCUGUCUUAAGAGGAUUCUUAUCUAAUCUUAAGAGGAAAAGAUUCUUUACCACAAAGGAAUAUUACCAAAAAGGAAUAUUACCUUUGCAAAAACCUGCUGAAACUCUGUUCAAAUACAACAGGUGACAUACCUCCAUAUUAUAAUGCAUUUUAACCCAUAUUAGACUGAUAAUGUUACUGAGAACUGAGUAAAAAUUUAUGAGCUACCUGAGACGUGGACACAACAGCUUCGCGAGUUGGUAUGUCCGUCUCUUUAGAAAUGUCCGCAUCCGACUGCUUUUUUAACAGAUAUUCUUCAUAUGUACUCUAAUAAUCUGUUUUAUUUCGCACAUUUAAUUUAUUUGCCAGUUUGUAUUCUAUAGCGAUACGUUUGUUAACUGUUAACAAUUGUCAUAAUUUAAUGCUGGUUAAUAUUACACUUGGGAAACUUUCAGAUUUUACAUAUUUCAACACUGGAUUAUUUUUAAGUGCAGUCCUAUAUUAACCACACAUUUAUGUGUGAUAUUAUACACAGACAUAGCAUAGGGCAGCGUGAAAACUAUUGGAUACAGUGAGGGCAUUUAACUCUUUAGCAUCAGCCUUUGAAAUCUGUCUGCUUAUGAUUAUUGAGAUGCUUUUUAGAUUGUUGAAAAGUAUGGCAGUGAAUAUGCUCCCACUAAGUGAUCAACAAUGCUUUUCACUAUAGCCAAGCUAUCACAAAGUUUAUGAACAAAUGCAUCAAGAUGUGACCAUGAUCCAAAAUUGACCUUUACUAUGCCUUUUUCAUAAACAUCCACUGGUAGACAUUACAUAAUAGGGAUCAUAUGAACAAACAACAGGGAUUGCAAGAAUAAAUAAUCUAUCGCUAAAUGUAAUCUUAGAAGUGCCUCUUUAUCCGCUUGGACAAAAGGGUAUCCAGUGGACUAUUGCAUUUUCACGCAAAGCUUUUCCUGUGAAUAACACAUUGAGAUCUAGGAUUCUUUUUUUCUUUUAAGCUUUAGUAGUCACUGUAUACUUCACCUCAUGCAAAAAUGCCACAACAGUCUUUAUAUUGGAAUGCCCUGGAAUUGUAAGGAAAGAACAGCUCCAUGAUAUCUAAGAAUAUUUACUAAAAAUAAAAAUCCAUUUAGACUCUCUCCUAACUCUAGUCUAGCACAACAGAAUAGAGCAGAAAUCCUUGCUCAGCUGGGCAGAAGAGCACUGAAACUUCUUUCAGUAUCAUUUAAGAGUCAUUUCCACUUUGUGAGAUGAAAAUAGUGUAAAUUAGAUGUACAGUAAAGUCAACGAGAGACAAACAAUUGAAAUAUGUUGUAAUGUUUUGCCUAUCCUCCUGAACCCAUAAGAAAACAAUAAAACAACUGAAUAAGACCCAGAUUUAAAGAUAUUAUGUCAGUCUAAAAAUUUGCAUUCCUUCUGAAUGAAAACAGAAAAGUUCCGAAAUUAUGUAGAUCUGAAACUAAAGCAUUCUAUCCCUUCAGUGAAGGUCUGUAUGAUGCUAUUGUUAUAGCUUCCUUUUUAAGCUAUUUAUUUUUUUUCUACUUUAAGACACCUAAUUGUGUUUUAUUUCUUGUUGCUGCUGUCUGUCCUCCAUAACUGUUAUGAAUUGAAAUUAUUCAUUAAAAUAUGUCUC